AUGAUUAAACGAUACAAGKAAUUGUCUGGAUCAAUUGGAGCACUGAAUAAUUCAUCAUUGGUACUGUCAACAGAUCAACUAAAGAGAGUAGAUGAUUAUUUAUAUCUCCUUAGCCCAUUUGAGCAAUGCACGAUGUACCUUGCAGCAAGCUCUCGGAUUACAAUUGACAGUGUAUUGCCAAGUUUGAGAUUGAUAGAGACUGAACUGGCUGAUGCCAAGCCAAUGACCGAAGAGGGCRAGGCACUAAGGUUGRCCCUUAUUCAAUCGCUGACCAAAAGGAGAGCCACCCUAAUGGAGAAAGUCCCUACUCUUGCACUUCCACUUCUGUUCUCCCCUUACCUCAAGUCGACUGUCCAAUGUACAUUUGUCGAGCCUCCUGUAUCUGAGACCCGCCGAGCAGGCAGACCACCAAAGACUGAUACAUGUAUUGCAAGUAGACCAGAAGUCUAUGCCACACUGUUUGGGGACAAAGUCAACAUUAAUUUGACACCCUCGAUAUUGUCGUCAAUGUUGAAGAUCAUCGAGAGAAGUUCGCCUGUUGCGCCACUGGUGGCACCUAGUCAAACUCAAUCGACAAGUUCUAUAACCUCUGAUGCACCAACAAAUAACGCCUUUGGCAGCAGGCUCUUCAAAACAUCAUCAAUCCCCGCUGCCAGCAGCCAAGGUAUAGCCACGUUGCAUUCACUCAAGAUUGAACUGAACAAAUUCCUUUCCGAGCCAUAUGAACUGUCAACUCAAGAAAAGGAUGCACAGUAUUCAGAUCCGUCCAUA